AUGAGGAAAAACAUAAUCUUGGAGGUAGAGAGUUAAUUGUAAAUUCUGUCCUCAAUCAAAGAUUAGAAGGGUAAUUUGUUGAUUUUAAACAUUUUAGAUGUUCUGGAUAAAAGGGAAGAGCAUGAAUAUUUUUUGAGGAAUCCUAAUCUAUUUGAAUUUAGGAAAAUCAAGAGGCCUCAAACUGCUGGUAAAUACCUUACUCCUAGAUAAACACAUCCUUAGCUUUUCUAUCAACCUAAUUCUAAGGUUCAAAAGAAACUAAGAAUGGAACUUUUAAAAACCAUAGUUGAAAGACCACCCUCUCAAUCUAAUAUGAGAAGUCCUUUUAGAGAUGAAUUUAAAAAGGUAUUAUUGCUAAGAACAUUGAACAAAUCAAUGGCUAAAGCUCUUGAAUCUCAUAGUGAUCAAAUAAUUUUUGAGAAAUCAGAUACUCUUAAAGAGAUUUUAAGCCACAGAGAACAAUUUCAUAAAAAGAAAAAUUAACUGACUAAUUCCUCUAUCAAAAUUAGAGAUUUAGUACAAAGGAAACCUAUUUAACUUGAAGCACAGUCCACUCCUUUUCUUUGUUAAGACGAAGAGGUGCAAAAGAUCGUAAAAUAACAGGAAUUCACUAAGUUUGAAAAGGUUAUGCUAUUUUAGAAGUUAAGAAGAUAAAUUAUAAAUCCAGAAAAAGGUGAAGAACUUUUAAGAUUUAGCUCUAAAUACAAGUCUCAUUCAAUCAUCUAGCUUAAAAAUAACGAAUUUAAUGCCUAUUCAUAAAUUAAAAAUGUGAAUGGAGCUAUUGGUACAGUUUAUCUAUCAACUCCUCUUCCGUCUAAUGAGCAAGUAAUCAAGAGGUAUUAAGAUAAGGAGACUAAUUCAUUUUACUUUGAAUUUAAGAUCGUGAACGUUGAAAAUAAAGUUUAGUAAAAUUAGUAGUAAGAGAAAAAAAUCAACUCGAAUACUCACUCUCAAUGUUACUGUCGAUUUGGACUUGCAACACUCAAUUUUUAAUACGAUUAUUGUAACUAAAUAGAUAUUAAGACCAAAGCGACAAUCUAAGUUGAUCCAAAUACAAUUAGAGGUUAUUAGAGUGUGGUAAUAGGUGAUGAUGUUCAUAGCUUUGGCAUAUCAACUCAUGAUUAGAAGUGUUUUCAUAGAAGAAAUGAACUUAAUACUCCUGGCUACAUGCUGGAUCAGCUUAUUCAUUCCUAAGAUAAUGUAGGAGUACUUAUAUGCUUGGAUGGAUUGGCAAGGAAAUUAUUGCUUAUUGAAGAUCAGAAAAAAAGAGAAGCCAAGCGACUACAUGAUUUUAUGCAGAAACAGAAAACAAGACCCAUCAAUGAAGUAAAAGAAGAUCUCUUUAAAAAUAUGCCAAAGUUCUUAUCAUUUAAAAGUAAUGAUGAAGAAAGUAAAGGCAGUGUGACUAAUAGAUCAAGAAAUAAGAGUAAAAAUAAUACACUUAAUAUUAAGAAAAGUAAUACAAUGAUUAGGCUUAGUAUUUAAAAAGAAAUGCCUAAGCAGAUUGCAGAGCCAAAUGACUUAUUUAUGGAGAUAUUCAGUAACGGUAAAAGCAUUGGUUUAAUUAAUUUACCUCUCGAAAUAUUCUAAUCCAAGUCAGGAGUUUAUCUAGCUUUCAAUGUAUACCCAUUGAAUUAUCUAAAAUUAAAUACUGGCUAAAGACCAUUCAAGUAUGAUCCUUCUGUGAGCAGUCUAUCCUUUAGAAAGUUUAAAUAUCUCUCUCUAUAAUCUUUGGUUGAAUUUCAUGAAUAGCUUGAUUAAGAGUAGGAAGAGUAGCAUCAAAAGAUUGGAAUUUGA